GCCCCAGGUUCUCUGGGGCACACAAAGCGCAGGCGCAGCGGGUUGGGUGGCAGCAGGAUCCAGUAGCAGCCGCCUUGGCAGCAGCAUCCGCAACAGGUGUAGACAAGGUCCCGCCUGACUCCACCCUGGAAAGUCCUUUUGAAGAAAUGGCCCUGGUGAGGGGCGGCUGGCUAUGGAGACAGAGCUCCAUCCUCCGCCGUUGGAAGCGGAACUGGUUCGCCCUGUGGAUGGAUGGGACCCUGGGCUACUAUCACGAUGAGACAGCACAGGACGAGGAGGACCGUGUGCUCAUCCACUUCAACAUCCGCGACAUAAAGAUCGGCCAAGAGUGCCACGAUGUGCAGCCCCCAGAGGGCCGGAGCCGAGAUGGCCUGCUGACCGUGAACCUACGGGAAGGUUCCCGCCUGCACCUAUGUGCAGAGACCCGGGAUGAUGCUGUAGCGUGGAAGACGGCACUGCUGGAGGCACACUCCACCCCGGCCCCAGGUGGAGCCACCGUCCCUCCCAGGAGCCGCCGGGUUUGCCCCAAGGUCAGGUGUGUGACCUACUCAUGGAACCCCUGUAAGGUUGAGAGGCGGAUCUGGGUGCGCGUCUACAGCCCGUACCAGGACUACUACGAGGUGGUGCCCCCCAAUGCACACGAGGCCACAUAUGUCCGCAGCUACUAUGGACCGCCCUAUGCAGGCCCCGGCGUGACCCACGUGAUAGUGCGGGAGGAUCCCUGCUACAGCUCCGGCGCCCCGCUGGCCAUGGGCAUGCUCGCAGGAGCCGCCACUGGUGCGGCGCUCGGCUCGCUCAUGUGGUCGCCUUGCUGGUUCUGAGCCCUGGGACUCGGAGCACUGGACCCUGCGCCUAGACUGCUAGAACCCUCUUCCUCCUGGACCCCGCCCCCCACCCUCCACCCUCCACCCUCCACCCGCCAAGCCCUGUCCUCUCCAUUAAAUCCUUCCGGGCUUGGACUGUCCCGCCCACUCCCUCCCUCACCCCCCAUGUCGGAAGAAGCUGUGAUCCCAGGCACCAGACAUCCGUCGAAAUCUUUGCAUCUACUGCUAGACACCCCAGAAAUCCGAUAAAGACACAUAUGGAUAAAUUUCCUCCAAACACACUAGGACACAGCAAACACAACGCAUUCGGUCUCAAGUUCCACAGGCGCUGGAGACACGAGUUGGCCUGUCUGCCCUGUCCUCGGGGAGCUCCAGGCCUGGUGGGGGAAACUAGAGUAAACAGACACUUAACAAAACUCCAGAGUUAUCAGUCCUUUGACAAGGACACACAGGGAGUGAGGCAGGUAGGCUGGGGUUAUGGUUACUGGCAAGUAUACAGAGCCGUGAAUGUCAUGGCCUGUCCAAGAAAUUAAGGGGGAGUUCGUUUCAGCUGGGUGGAGGCAGGCAGCAUAUCACGGUGGGCCUCUAGGCUAAGGACUUGCUGGGUAAGGGGGAGAUGUGAGCUUUCUAUGGAGGGAAGUUUCAUGAUUGCGCCUAUAAUGAAUAUAUUGCCUGUUUUAAUACUAACACAUGCCUGUACCCAAAACAUCCCCAAGUUUAGCUCCAUCCUUCCUACCAGCAUCUUCCUUGGUUCCCUUGUUACCCAUGACAAUUGAGCUGAACCUGGGGGCCUCUGGCUGGGGGACAGGUGAGUUGUUUUGGCACCUCCAGCCCUAGGAAAUUGCCUCCAUCAGGAAAUGCCUUUCUGAUCCCAGCAGCUCAGCCCUCUCUUCCUAGUUGUGAUUGUCACCAUCUCAGGCUUUGUCUCUUCAUCUAGGGAAGAUGGCAGUGUUCCCUCCUGGGGCCUGAUCUACCCUUGUGCUAGCCUGGGAGGCCAUGCAGUCUCCCUGUUUGGUCGUCUUCCGGUCUCUUCCCCCAUUCUGUCCCAAUCACCAGUAGAAAUGCUAACAUCACUGCCCAGCAGCCAGGGUAGCCCGCUAAAGUUCCCCUGUAGACGGGGGCCCGUUGGUUCUACUGCAGAGACUAAUAAAAGCGCCGUAGGCUC